GAGGAGGAGGACUCAAAGUACAGGAGGAUCCUCCGACACCUCGGGGUGAUCCCGAUAACCCUGCCGACGUUCGUGCUUCGGAUGCACCUGAUCGGAACAUUGGUAGCACUGGGACGAAGAUGAUACCGGAAAAGGGCACCGCUGCCGCUACCUCGGCAACGGCGAGGCGCCAGAGACAUCGAGAGGGUCGAUGCAGGGGUGGUACGCGCGUGCGCCAGGUCCUGGACGACGACGCCGAGAGCCUCGAAAAUAGCCCGACGCGAUGGGUCGAAAGACGUCGUCGAAGCCGCUCCGAUUCACCCUCGAUUACCACUACCACCGGCCCCGCGAAUGAGGCCCCGGAUCCGAUCGGGGACCCGCUCGAGGUACCGACCUCCGAAUGGAUCGGAAAGUGGCACCACGACCGCACCGAAGAUAAUUCAACGGCGGAUAUCAACGAAUCCGAUAAUCCCUCCCAUUGCACCGCGAGUCCUUCGUCGGCCGCUAUAUCUUCCAGCGAAACUGAGAGCCUCAGAUCGGCCCUCAAGGAAUUCGAUUCCAGUCGAGUUUAUCUCGCCCACGUAUGCCACCUGGACUGGAAGGACGUUCCAGGACGUCGUUCGCCACCAGGCGUCGAAAGGGUGUGGGUCGUGGGUGCCGCCGAUCAGGAAGGCCGUCACAGAAUGCGACUUCUGAUAGCCGGAAAAUACUGGAGACCCCGAUGUCUUCGAAGGGUGAACAUGGUCACCCAACCGGUAGUGUAUGCCGGGGGUGGCAGGGGUUCGCUCACACCGGAUCUAUUUCUCUGGUGGUUCCACAACGAGUUCGCUGCCGCGGCAACCGUUAUGCACCCUGACGGGGCUGUUCUGGUCGCCGAGAGGGCGGAUUACCUACCGCCCGAAAGCGACUGCGUAACAGCCGACGGUCUCAUCCGUUUGGUAAUCGUUUCGCCCGACUGUCUCGAGCCGAGACUGGUAAAUUCCGAACUUCGGGUACGACUCGCGCUCGGUCUUCUCUCCAGCGGACUGAUGGACAUCAAGCGGGGUGCCACCGAGAUCGGACUCGUAGGGCACAUAAAAAAAUUCAACCUGAAAGAGGCGUUCGUAGGCCUCCACAGAGCUUGGCUGAACGUCCGUUCGGAGACGUUCAGCAGAAGCUGGUCGGCGAUUCGAAACGACCUGGAAAUCGGAAGGGAAAAUAUCGGGGGAGCGUCCGGACCCUCGUGGUUGUCGUCGAGGUUUCACGGCGUCGCGGAGCAAAACGAGGACAGACUUUUGCUGGAGGAACUUCAAGGACUAGCGCGAGACGCGGGACUCGAGGUGGAUGAGACCGACGUAGCUACGUGGAUCCUUGACGAACUACCGCGAGAGGAGGGUAGCGUUGAGAUCGCACUGAAGAAAGAGGUCGAUGCGGAGUACAGGGAAGAAGACGAGAACGAAAGGGAGAAUGACACGGUGUUCGAGACGUCGGCUGAGAAAGAGGAGGUUGAGGAUGCAAAAAAAAUUGACGAUAAAGAACGCGGCGAGAACUCGGAUUUUGAGGAGGAAAAUUUUGGUACCGAGGAGGAAUCCUGUAACGCCGAGGAAGCGACCAAGCUACUCUCACGAGUUCUUCUAUGGAUGGAGAGCGAGCCCUUUGAUCCUGGCCUCUUACUCGCGGUGAGAUCAAUCCGCGAUACCGCGGUCCUCGUGGCGAGCAAGAUGGGUCUGGCAGGGACGCACCCGAGUGGUCUCCCUUUCUUUUGCCCGAACGGCGAUCACCUGUCACAACCACCCCCCGCCCACAUGGGAAUACCUCCUUACGGCACGCUGGACGCGAGCAAAGCGGCCGCGGCCGGUGAGUAUUGGCCACCACACGGCCCAUCUACACACCCCACGCACUGGAAACGACUCCUUGCCGCAGCAGCCUCCACAGGUCUGACGAGGGCGCCCAUGUACCCAUUUUCGACAGGCCAAUACCCCUACCCCAUGCUCAGCCCGGAAAUGACGCAAGUCGCCGCAUCCUGGCACACGCCGAGCAUGUAUCCAAUCUCCCCGGCAAACGCUGGAUUCAGAAGUCCUUAUCCAACGAGCUUGCCAAUCACCACUUCCAGUUUACCAAGUGAACUCUACAGAUUUUCACCUACGGGUCUGAUGCCUCCACAUCCCGGUCUCAGUCAGCACGCUGCACACGCGUUAGCGUCACACGCACUCGUGUCAUCUGCCCCGAAACCGGAUCAUUCCACCUUGGAUCACAAUCAUAGGUCUACGAUAGAUCAGAAAAACUCCACGUCGUUAGCAACGGAUAACACAAAAAAUCAGGAUACGGGACAACAGAACAAUCAAGAUAAAAAGAAACCCCAUAUAAAAAAGCCCCUGAACGCGUUCAUGCUCUACAUGAAGGAGAUGAGGGCAAAAGUUGUUGCGGAAUGUACGUUAAAGGAGAGCGCUGCCAUUAAUCAAAUAUUGGGAAGACGAUGGCACUCGCUAAGUCGGGAGGAGCAGGCGAGGUAUUAUGAGGCUGCCCGACAGGAGCGCCACCUUCACCAACAGCGCUAUCCUGGCUGGAGCGCGAGGGAUAACUACGGAUACGGCAGCAAGAAGAAGAAGAGGAAGAAAGAACGCUCCGCAGAUCCCACCGGAGGUAAUAACAUGAAGAAAUGCCGAGCCAGGUAUGGACUAGAUCAACAAAGUCAAUGGUGUAAACCAUGCAGACGUAAGAAGAAAUGUAUCAGAUAUAUGGGGGAGGGAGGAGAUGGCGACGGCGACGGGGACGGAGACGGAGAUGACGAUCACUCGGAAGACAACUUGGGCAGCGUAGGGGAGGCGGGAACUCCUGAAGAGGAUGAGUCGCUUAGCAGCCCUGGAGGACUUUCGGCUCUAUCUAGUCUCGCCAGCCCUUCGCUGGUACUGCCUUCGCCAUCGAGCUUGGCCAGUCCUUGUCCGUGCCCCCUGACACCUCCAGUGCCUCCUCCGCCUUUGCCUCCGAUUCAACCUCAGCCGGCGCCUCCUCAUCGGAAUCCGGUUGGCACCAAUCCCCACGACAUCAACAAUCCACUGAGCGUUAACCAACUUACAGGACAGUGUAUAAAAAGUGAUGUGGGACCCGCCUCAUCGGGCCCAUCCAAUCCUGCUAUCAGUGUCACGUAGCCCUGGGCAGCCCCAAGUGACAAAACUAUACUAUUCGGUGUCAUCGGGGUACAACUACGUUUAAGUUCAGAAAGGCUGGAUAAUCGUAGCGUUUGAGGCAAGGUAAUUUUUUCCUCAUCACUUUCUCAUUUCCUUCGUCACACAUCCAAACCAAUAUUGCAACAUACUCUGGGAAAUUCUAUGCAAAUAUAUUGUCCGUUGAAUUUUUAUUUUCAAUAUCCUAGACAAGAUAUUUGGGCUCAUAUUGAUCCAACUGAUUCAAUACUCGAAGACUUUACGUUCCAAUGUCUUGAGCGCUACUUAUCAAUGUUUAUCAAUAAGACCAGACCAUUUCAGUGAUCGUAUUGCCCUCCAAAUGUCCGUAUGAAUCUGGUAUAAAUAUACAAUACGAUGCUCGUAGUCAAGAACGAUCAAUAUUUUGGAAAAAUGCGUCCAAGCUGCUUCGGGCGACUACAGUUAUCCAGCCUUAUAAUCCGCUCGUAAAGACAGUGUCUGAAACAACCAAACAAAUCGAACAAUGUAAUGAAAAUGAUGCAGAAAUACUCAGGACCAAGUGUCUGGCUGUAGUCACUCGCUCGACUCGAACUGCAUUCUGAAAGACUUAAGUGGUGAAGAAGUGCGUACUGCAGCUCGUAGUCCUUGUUACGUUGUGAUGCCAAUGACUGACAUGUCAUGUUCCUGUGCCAGGUACUAUAUUCUAUAAAUAUAAUUAUAUCGCAAGCAUAGAUUAAAUUAAGUAAUAGCGUUAUCAUUCAUUUAUUCAACGUCAUGUGUCAAAUACCUAUCUUCUGUAUGUAAUUUGUUAUUUUUUUAAAAGUCUAUACAACUGAUUAAUUAGUGUAAGAUCUCUUUAGUGCGAAGUCGUUAAUUUUAGGCCGUUUUUUAAAUACCCCCCAUCUCCGCUACGGACCCCCUCAACACGACGAUGAUAAAACUGUUUACAAUUGGCAGAUAUGUUGCUGUGAUUGUAGUUUGAUUGAAUGGGUAUUUUUUUGUUUGUUUUUUUUUUUAUCAAAUUUAUUCGUUUUAUAAUCCUGUCCGUGGAUCUCCAUCGCAUAAUAUUAUGAGCUACAUAGGUAAAUCUUGAGAAUUUAUCUAGACAAUUGGUGCAUUUGGGGAUAAUUCAGACUAUUCUCGAAAUCAUUUUUUGUAUUGCUACGCGGAUCGUAAUAGAGCCGGCAUGAAUGUGGUGCGAUUUAAUUAAUAUAGUUAGACAGGUUUUGAUUGUCUACAAAUGCACCCUCGUUCAUAAUGUUACGAUAGUUAAUACAAAACGUUUGUAUUUCUCAUUGAAGCUGAAAUUUUCGUUCAUUAUAUUGCAUCACCAUUUGUUUUUUUAAUCAAUGACCAUGUACAAGAGUAGAAGACUUUCAAUUAUUCUUAAAUUUUAUUUUAUUAUGAACGCCCAGCAGUAAGCAAUGAAAAUUUUAUUCAAACAGUGGUGUCAGAGAAGUAUAUCGAAUUAGAGAAUCUACGUUUUUUACGUUUAAAUCAGAUCAAAAUGAUGAAAAUCUUGUUUUUAUGCCUGUUACGAUAUUUGAAUUAUAUUUUAAACGUUUGCGAUAUAGGUAGUAUUUUAUUUAUCGAUUAUCUCUAGUAGAAAUUAAAUGAAUACUAUAUACUGGUAUGUGUUAAGUUAAAACGCACUACCAAUUGCAAUAAUUUUACAUUAGUUUUUAUUCCAUUUGGGAAUUGACUAUGAAGCUUUUAUAAAAAUUCACAACUCUGACACCUAAACAUAAUCUAUCAUAUUUGAACCACUGAUUCUUUGUUUUAUUUUCUGCAUCUUGAUAGAGUUUUUUCUCAACGAUUUUCAACAUGAAUAUGUUUAUUAUUUCAUUUAAAUGCCUAAUCAGGGUGCAAUAAAUACAUUAAACCUUUUCAUCCUACAGUACCAUGGGGGCUAGUGAUCAACGACCAAACACCAUACUUCUAAAUUACGUUUUUCACGAUACACUGAAUCACACACAUGAACGUGAGUUGAUUUAUAAUCAUCUGAAAUUAUUACCAUUUUAUUUAUUCUCGUUCAAGACUCAGAAAAAUUAUGUGCAUUUUUUCCCCAUCUCUUGCAUUUAUUGGAGGAUAUGCCAUUUCAUAAAUAUUAUUUCUCAUACUGUACCUUCUCAUGUUUGUAAGUAUGGUAGGGGAGAAAAAACCUCGACUUCUGGAUUUGCUAAUUACCGAUGUUUUCAGAGAAUAUUUUAUUUUACUUCGAGCAUUCAUUGUACUGGUGAUACGAAUUUUGAUACCAGUUCAACAUACCCUAAAGAAAACUGAUCGUCACGUGAGCAUUAAAUAGCCGGUAAAUUUUUCUACUCGUAUUUUCCUUUUCCUUUUUUUCGGUAUGUUUGUUUUUCUGAUUAUUUACUGCAAAAACGCAAUCAAUGGUAGAAAUUACAAUUUCAAAACAAUUGUUUGAAUAUCUUACUCGUUACAAACAGCUGCUGUGUACAUAAUAAAUAUUUUAAGGUGCAUUUAUUGUGAAAAUGGGAAAGUGCAAUGGAGGAAUUAAUAAUAAUAUUGAGAACACAAAAAGUAUUGUAUACACUGAUGAACAAAGAAAAAGAAAAGAAAACGAUAUCCGAAUAAAUGUAUUAUAAAAUUAAAGAGAAAGAAAUAAUAGAUACGAGAAAGAAGAAAAAUUAAAAUAAAUUCUUGACUGAAUUAAUGUUUGUAAUAAUGAACACGUAUGUAUAAUUCCCGUGUAAAACGCGUCACCGAAUAAUAUUCUAAACGUGCCAUAACAACAUCAUGCCAAUAUUUACAAUAAUACCUACAUAUUUUUUACAUCAUCAUUAUAGUUUUGUCUUACGGCACCAAGUCUGUCUGCCAGGUGAUAAUAUGUUUCAUGGCGUGUGCAUUCAAUUAAUCAAUCGAUCAACCAAUCAAUCAUAAACUUGGUCCAAUAUUGUUCACGUCUCUUCCAUUUUCUUAUCGAAAUACAAUUCAAGUUUGAAUUCAUUUUAAUAUACACAAUUUGAACUGGAUUUGAAUGAUGAAAUGAGAAUAAAUGCACACAUCAAAUUGUCUAACGACAAAAUGUGUAUAUGAGUAUGAGAAUGAAUAAGUAAAGAGCCACUGCGAUGUUUGUGGGAAAUGUUGCCGCAGUUAUAAUCAACAGUUCGCGUAGUUAAUGAAAAUAAGAGUAAAUAAGAUUUCGUGAUUGCAGGAAAAGAAUCUGUGGAUUUUAUUGUGCUAUAAAUUGAAAAAGCAUGCAAGAAAUAUUAUUUAAGAGAAAAAAAAAGAGAAAAAUAACGAUUGACAACCAUUUCGACAAACACGAAAUACUAUAUUGUAUCAUGACAUCCACUGUUGUACGAUUUGUGGUGCAGCUAGGGGCGGGCCGGAUCCCUGCGGGUAGCGAAUAUUAGAAAAAAAAAACAAAUAAUCUAAAACUUUCAUAAUGAAAAUUAAAAACACCUACCUGUGCUACAACUAGCGAUUUUACACUUUGAAGAAAUGAGACGAAACCAUUUCGAUAUCAAAAACUCGUAAUUUUACUGCAAUUGAUUUUUAUUUGGGAGACGUGAGAUGAGUUAUUCUUCAUUUUUAUGGGUGAUAACAAAUCGCGUCUAAUCAUCGCGUAUAUCAGGUCACUCACGUGUGCCAAUAUUCUCUCACAUUUAAUGAUAUUCACCCACCUUGAUUACUAAUCACAAAUCAUAAUUCAUGUACUUCUACGUACAGCUAAACAUAUAUUGGACUUCAUUUAACGGUAAUAAUCACAUCUCAGUUUUCAUAUUUAUGCAAGUAAAGUUUGAUAUACUUGAUAAACGCUGUAUUUCAAAUAUUGACGAAAAUGAGGCUUCCAAAAAAUUCAAAUCAAGUUAAAUAUUAUACCAGCGUUAAAAUUAAGAGCGGUUUAGGACAGCGUUUUCAAAACGCUCAACGAAUGCGCGUGUUGAUCGAUCCGUGUACAAUUUUUCGUUUACUUAGCAUGUGUACUUACAUAGGUACUGUUGAUUUUAACUCGGUUAUAUUAUUGGUCUUCCACUUUAACCAGAUAUAUUUAUUUGUUCUCAACGCGGAGUGCCAUGUUUUGUACAAACAUCUUUUUUUCUUUCACAUAUUUUUUAGGUUUUGGUUUUCUUUCUUUCUUUUUUUCCAUUCUCACCCAGUGGUUCAUUCUUGCGAAAUUAACCUGUGAUAAAUAACGCGUUUGCGCGAGGUACAGGGAAUAAUGACUCGAGCCCUUUAGAGUAUAACGCGGAGUACUAAAAAAAAAAAUUAACAAAUAAAAAGUUGCAGUUUAUGAGGAGCAAUUUGUUGGUCACUUGGCUUCAUCUCAUUUCCAUAUAAGUGCUUGUAUUAUAUGUAAAGUAUCAGACAGUUCAGCUGUGUUGUACAGUGUUUUCUAAGUAUCUAGUUUAUAGCGUGUAACUGAAAUAUUGUAUUUACACUUAAUAAGUGAUCUGUAUCAAACAAAUUCAUUCUCGUAUAGCAUGUACUCCUACUCAUAUAGAUGCUAAAAGUGAUUUGUGUCAUAAAACUAUAAAUAAAAUUAGCAAUUUGAGAAUGG